UCCGGCCUGGGGCCUGCUCAUCCAUCGGCAGCGGCCCAACUGCCACCCCAGGCUCUCACCCAGGCUCUCGAGUGUCCCCUUGUUGCAGCAGGCCCGGCUCCCUGCUUUCCUCUCCUGCCGCCAGGGAUUCCCACAGGACACUCACUCAGGAGCAGAGACCUGGCCUGCCGUGCCCCCACCUCCCGAGACAGCUGCCACACAAAGCCCAGCCCAUGGACUCCAAGUCUGACAUGUCACGUACUGGCCUUAGCUUAGCUUCUUGGUAACGGAGUUUACCAUCUAGGAAGUGGGGGUAACAGUGCUACCGACGCCAGUGGCAGUGCGGCUGAGGAUGAGAACGGUAGGAGCCCCCAGGGCAGUGCUUGGCUGGGUGGGAGCAGGUGUACAAACUCCCUUCUGGACACAGCUGGACUAUAUUUCCCAGUAUGCCUUGCAGCAGACCUGACCUGGAAGGAGUUCUACCAAGGGCGGGGAAGCGAGGCCCUGGGAACCACUGUCCGGCCAGGCUCCCUGAGCCUCUGGCUCCUGUAAGCCAGAUCUCCAGGCCCAGGCAGGGUCUGAGGGCUGUGGGGUGCAGGACCAGCCCUCCCCUCAGGCUUGUUUCUGAGCUGCCCCACAGUGUGGUGUCGGUCACAGUACCUGACACACCAGCCCCUGGAAAACAGUGAGUAUCUGCCGUGUUGAGCUUUCAAGGUUUCAGAGCACUCCGCACAGACAGGCGCCCACAGCACCCACGGGAGGGGCUCCAGGACCUCUUCUCGAGUCCCUGGCCUAAGGUGGUGCAGUCAACAACGUAACCUCGGGCACACGGAGCCGCCUCUAGUCACUCACAGUCCAGUGCAGUGUGAUGUCUCGCUGGAUUGCUCUGGGGAAUAAUGGCAGGAAAAGGGUCUGUGUGUGUGCAGUACAAAUGCAGUUUCUUUUUUUCUUUUUUUGAACAUCUGAGGGGCAGUUGGCUGGGUCUGUGGGCUCUGCAGACAUGGAGGCCAGGUGCGCACAGACUUCGGCCUGCCUCCUCCUCCUCCUCUAGCUGACCCCUGGGUUGCCUCUAGCAAGCACCCCGCUCCACCUGGAACUACUGCAGUGCUUCAGACAGAGCAGGGCUUCUGUGUUGGACAAACAGGAGAAGAUGCUGACUUCUUAAUGGGACUCAGUGGAAACUUGCAGUGUGACCCCUCCGUCUUUCCAAGUUGCAUCCCAUGUCAGAGGCCAGCACUUAGCCCACCGCAGUGAGCACCUGGAGCCACACAGUGGCCGGGCUUGAGAGGCAGGGAAGGCUGGGGUUCUGGGGAUGCGGCCCCAGGGAAGCAGGCCACACUCACGGUGCCCCUGGGAGCUGUAAGCGGGUGACCGCAUGGCCCUUCCUCUCUCUCCCUCCCUCUGUGCAAUACCUCUCCCUUUUCUGACAGCGUCUUACUUAUGCUCUGACUCCGACACCCAGUUGUCCCAUUUGUGAAGGAGGGAGGCGGGGAGCAGGUUGGUAGUGACCUUGCGAUUGUUCACAAAGACACAACCUGGACGAUGCCAGGGUGAGCAUGUCCACCCUGCAGGCUGCCCGUGCCUUGGCCCGCUCCCUGGGAGCCAUUCUGGAAGGUGGUUCCUGAGUCGUGGGCAAAGAACGCCCAGUGCAGAGUGACGCCCUUCCCCACUGCUGUGUGACGGGCCUGGCCCAGAGCAGAGCUGCCGUGUGAGCCUGGCAUCACCUCACCACGCUGGCCCAGCGGGCAAGGUACUGGCCCGGAUUCAGUCUGCGGUCACAGUCAAGAACUGGAGUAACCGCGAGGACGCGCUGGGCAGGGUGCUGCACCCCCUUAAUCCUGGGACUCUGGGAGGCUGAGGCAGGAGGGUCAGAGGUUUGAGCCCACGCUGGGCAGCUCAGUGAGACCCUGUGUCUAAAAGAAAAGUUAAAAAGGGCUGGGGCUGGAGCUCAGGGCAAAGGCUCUGGGUUCAAAUCCCAUAGGGGCUGGGCUGGGCUGGGACGGGACAAAGAGGUCUCUGGAUGGGUGAGCGGCGCCUGGCGACAGCAGGGCUCACCAGGCCUGGUGCGGUGGGACCUGCUAGCUACAAGCAAGGCUGUGCGUGGGUCACUGUAAUACGGUGUCUUCACCUCUUCCCGGAGAGGCCCUACAGGGGAAAACCUGGGGCCAAAGGAAUUUCGUUCUUUUCUCUUUUUUUGGUACCGGGGAUGGAACUCAGGACCUUGCACUUUCGAGGCAGGCGGUGGAACCACUGAGCUACAUUCCCAGCUCAGGAAUUUGUCUUCCUUUCUGAGGCGUCUCCACACUGAUCUCUGCAGUGUUGUACCGCGUACUCCCCCACCCGUGGGGAAGGCCCCUCGCCAGCGCUUGUUACUGCUGGGUUUCUUGAAGAUGGCCCUGCCCUCUGGGGAUGGUGGGACUCGGUGCUGCUUUAAUUUAAUCCCUUAUUCUCAGCGUUGCUGUUUACUCCUUCAAGUCCUGAACUCACACAGGUAGUUUCAAAGUUGCCAACCUUUGUGCCAUGAAAAGAAAACCUACUGGAGUUGAAGCUCAGCACUUUUCCUUUUGGGGAGAGGUGGGCAGGCAGGGAGAGGCGGGGCUGAGUGAGUCUGUGGCACAGAUGCCCACACCGCCCACCGGGCCUCCGCUCUUCGGCCCUGCCACGAAGCCCUGCGUCUGCGUUUCCAGCCCUCCCUGCUGUCGGGCUCAGCCAGGGAGCUGUUGGCAGCCCCUUUAUCAGGAGGUGGGAAUGCCUGGGGCCCAGGCAAUGGGACAUCAAAUGUCCUUGACGGAGAAAGGGUAAUUUCAUCCAGGUUCCUCAAACACUCGGAAUGGAGCCAGCGUGUGACGCUGCAGUUGGCUUCUGGGUGCUCACAUCCAAGGCUGCGGAGCUGGUGUGGCAAGGAGACACCUACACGCCACGUUCACCACAGCUGAGAAAAACAGUGCACCCAGGCAUGCCCCACCAAUGAGCGUGUGAAGGGACAGUGGACGCGCAUGGCAGCAUGCCGUGAGCCUCACAGAAGAGGGAAACAUGUCCUUUCUGACACACAGGUGAAUCCGGGCGAUGUUAAGUAAGACACACCAAGCAACAACAACAAUACCUGUGUGUGUGCGGUGCUGGGGACUGGACCCAGGACCUUCACACUGAGCUACAUCCCCACCUUUUCAUUUUCUGUUUUGAGACAGGGUCUCGCUAACUUGCUCAGUUGCCCAAGCUGGGCUCAAACUUGCCAUCCUCCUGCCUCUGCCUCCCAGUGCUGGGAUGACAGGCGUGCACCACCACACUUAGUUCCUGCUCUAACUUUUCAACAAAAUCCAUUACACUGUGUAGGAAAAGGUAAAAGAAAACUACGCGAUGGCUUUCUGGAUCUUUGUGUUCUAAACGCUGCCCUAACUUCUUGGAGAAGGCUUGUCGGUCAGUCGGGACUCAAGAAAGCCCUGGGCCUCCCAGGAGGCGCCGCCCCUCCUCGGCCCCAUGCACUGGCCUUGGGAACCCUUCGGGUUGCCCAGACGCGAGGAUGGGGCUCCUCCUCCUCCACAGGCCCAGCACUGCCUCUGCUGAGGGUAGAUUUGUUGGAUUCAUAUGCUUGUAGAAAGCAUAGAGAUACAAGUUUAGAAGGAGAAGCAGUCACAGUGGGAACAAGGAGAGAAGCGAGGAGAGAGGCCGCUUCCUUGCUGGAGCCGGAGCUCGAGGGCCUUGGUUCCCAGCGCCUCUCCCCGAGAGUUACACCUGCAUCAGCUGCUCUAGGCUCAGACCCUGCCUUGGCCGUGGACCCUCCCUGCCCUUGCACUCUCCCUCUCUCCGUGAGAUUUGUGACGGGGCCUCAGGCUGACGGCCAAGUUAGCAAGUAUUAAGAGGUACGUGCGCAUGUCAGUGCAUUCACAUGCUGAGAGAAUAAUAAAAUACAGGGCCGGGAUUUAGCUCAGUGGUCAUGCCUGCCUUGCAAGCACAAGGUCCCCAGUUCGAUCCCCGGUACCCAAAGAAACCAACAACAUACCUGCAUUUAUACACAGGUGCCUGAGCAACCAGGCACAAAUGUACAGCUGCCCCCGAAGUGUGUUUCUGCAAUUCAGCCUGUCCACUGCGGCCCCUCUGCACCUGGCUGGAGCCCAGAGGAGGACCUGGGCCUGCCGACACCCUGCUCAUGCUCCGCCUGUCCUGCUCCCUCCAGGUCAGGGUUUGCCGAGUCCUUCCCUUCCCUGCCCUGACCCCUGCCCUGACAAAGCCCUCCCGACGGAUGCAGGUGCCGGUAGAUAAAGGACAGGGACUGACGAUGUCUUACUGCAUCUGUGCACAUUUUAGUCAGUUCACCAAGCACCUCCCAGGCCGCAGGGCCCAGCGGGGCUGCGCUCCUGCCUGGCCCUACUGGUCCCAGUCCUUGACGAUGCUCAGGACGCCCCGCUCAGGGGCGGGGCCUGCCAGCCUGGCCAGCACGUCCAGCCCUCCGUGCUCCUUCUCCCUGGAGGACACAAAGUGGGCAGCUCCUGCACCCCGGACCCCGGGGCGCCCGCCCGUGUCCCCGUCCCUGUCCCCGUGGCCUGCGCAGCUCCCGGAUCUGUGGCAGGCCAGGCCGAUUGGGACCGCAGGGCAGGAGCCCGGGCACCGCUUACCGGAGGACAACGUUGCAUGCCUGGCGGUGGCCGCUGACCAAGGCCUGCUGGCCCCGCUCCCCAACAUCGUUCCCGCUCACGUCCAGGUGCCUCAGCUCCAGGACAUGCAGGUGGCAGCUGGGGCACGCCAGGGCCUCGCACAGAGUGGCGGCGCCGUCAUCCCCGAGGUCAUUGAGGCUGAGGUCCAGGCUUUGGAGGGCGCUGCUGCUCUCGAGAGCUGAGGCCACGUCCUGACAGCAAGCCGAGGUCAGAGCACACCUUCUCAGCCUGCAGAGGAGCCCGGGUCACUGAGCACCCAGACAGCCACAUUUGCUCCCCACUGCCCCCUUGCAGAGCACUAAGUCAUUCCUAUUUCUCACUCUUCCCCAGGCUUUCUAGCUCUGGUGAAACAGAGAACUUGCUUUCCCUCACCAUGGCUUUCCUCCUUUCGGACAUAUCCUGUGAAGUGCAUGGUGUAGUACGUGACCUUUGGGUGCUUGGUGUCUUCCACUUAGACUAUUCUCAAGGUUUCUCCAUGUCUUAGCAUGAACCAGCAUGUUCCUUUUUAUGGCUGCAUAGUAUUCCGCGGCAAAGUUACGCACAUUUUCUUUGUUCCUUCAUUGGUUUUCAGACACAUGGGAUCUCGCCUCUUUACUCCUGUGAAUGCUGCAGGAAUAUGUGCAGGUUUUCGUGUGGAUGUAGGGCUUUAUUUUCUUGUGUUUG